CACACAGACUCGGCAGUGCAAAUGGCUACAAUGGAAACUGAGGAAGGAGCAAAGGAGCACCUGAGACUGGUGUUGGUCGGCCUUCAGGGAGUGGGCAAGAGCGCCACAGGAAACACCAUCCUGGGUAGAGAAGAGUUCCAGUCGGACAUCAGUUCCACCUGCCUGACACUGCGGAGUAAAAGCAGUGAAGGCCUGGUGUGUGGGGGACUGCUGACAGUGGUGGACACUCCAGGUCUGUUCAGCUGCAAGCUCUCAGAUGCAGAGGUGAAGCAAGAACUGGAGAGAGCCUUGACCCUCUGUGCUCCUGGACCCCACACCUUUCUCAUCGUCAUCCAGCUGGGACGUUUCACAGAGCAAGAGAGGGCUGUAAUGGACAAACUGAAUGAAAUGUUGGGCUCAAAUGUACAUUUGUACUCUAUGGUGCUCUUCACUUAUGGAGACAGGCUUAAGAAUAAAACAAUAGAUCAGUUUGUCAAAGAAGACAAGAACUUGAAGACACUGAUAAGCAAAUGUGGGGGACAGUACCAUGUGUUCAGUAAUACUGAUAUGGAAAAUAAAGCACAGGUCAGUGAGCUUUUGGACAAGAUCCACAAUCAGAUGACAAAGAGAAAACAACCAUUUUAUGUAAAGAGUGUGACAAAAGUGCAGAAUACAUGGAAAACCAUUAUCUACAUUGCUGCACCUUUUGUCAUAUUCUUGGCAAUUUCAGCUAUGAUCGUAUUUAUCAAGAGGCACGUACCAGCAGAAUCAGUUACUAAACAGCCUAUAAAGGUUUUAGAGCAACCUGAGAAGGCUUUUGAGCCAAUUCUAGGGAAGCCUGAGACACUUUUAGAGUACGGUCCUGAUGAGGAUUUGGAACAAAGUGCAACACUUUGGAAAAUGCUACUAGGUGUAGUAAACAACAAGCCAAAGCUGAUUUCCACAGCUGUAGUGGGGUUUGGAGCAGGCUUGUGGAUUCUGAAGAAAUUCUUGAAAAAGUAGUUCCUGUAGGAGAUCUGCACUGUGAUAUAAAAACAAUAACAAAAUGGUUACGCAGUGCAGAUACUAAAUGCUGGUGAGGA